AUGACAAUAUACUCAUUUUUCAUAUUUGAUCGUCACUGCAAUUGCGUAUACAAUCGCGAAUAUACUCACUCAGUGAAUCCCACAUCAUCAACUCCCACCACCCAAGGCAAGGUCGAUGGCCAAAUAAACAAGAAUAAUGACGCCGAUAACUCAAAACUACUAUUUGGAAUCCUAUAUUCCCUCAAGACGAUAGCCACAAAACUCGUAUCAGACGAUUCAGCCCCCAACGAAUUGAAACAAUUGACAAUUGGACAACUUCGAAUUCACUUUUGGGAAUCAUUAACAAGGUUCAAAUUUGUUAUAAUCACUGAUUUACAAGUACAGUCUUUACAACAUGAACUUUGGCAAUUAUAUUCCCAUUUUUUUAUCAAAUAUGUUGUUGAAAAUGCAUUGCUGCCGGUUGAAUUCAAAUGGAAAGACGAUGACACAUUGCGAGAGAAUGAGAUUUAUGGAAAGAUAAACAAUGGUAAAUUUAUUCAAGAGACUGAUCAGUAUCUAAGGUCAUUACCUAUAUUUUAA